AAAAAACAAUCUUGAUCAGUGAGAAGCUUCUAAUAUUGUUUCGUUGGUUUCUGAAAUAGUUAUAAUUUAGUUAUUUCCUCUAACACAACUUCCUUUUUCUAUCCGAGUCGACAAUGGCAGACAAACAAGCUAAGCUGCCAAGGGUACCUGAAUCACUUCUGAAAAGAAGGAAGCAGAUCGCUUUGUCGAAACAAAGAGUAGCAAAGGCUGAAGCUGCCAACAAAAAAAAGCAAGUUGCUAAAAAGAAGGUAAUUUUCAAGAGAGCUGAAAAAUAUGUAAAGGAGUACAGAGCAAAGGAACGAGAUGAAAUUCGUUUGGCUCGUUUAGCAAGACAACAUGGAAACUUUUAUGUACCAGCUGAACCCAAAUUAGCAUUUGUCAUAAGAAUUAGAGGUAUCAAUGGUAUCCAUCCAAGACCAAGGAAAGUUUUGCAACUCUUCAGAUUGCGCCAGAUCAACAAUGGUGUCUUUGUGAAACUUAACAAAGCAACAUUAAAUAUGCUUAAAAUUGCUGAGCCUUACGUUGCUUGGGGAACACCAAGCCUGAAGACUGUCAGAGAGCUGAUUUACAAGAGAGGAUAUGGAAAGGUUAACCACCAGAGAAUACCUUUGACUGAUAAUGCUAUUAUUGAAAAGGAACUAGGUACAAAGGAUGUUAUUUGCAUUGAGGAUUUGAUCCAUGAGAUCUUGACUGUUGGUCCCAACUUCAAGUACGCCUCCAACUUUCUGUGGCCCUUCAAACUGUCCAACCCAUUGGGUGGAUGGCGACGCAAGUACAACCACUACAAUGAUGGUGGAGACUAUGGCUUCAGGGAUUCCAAUAUUGAUGCCCUUGUUAGCAAAAUGAUUUAAAGUGAGAAUAAAGAACUGGAAAC